AUGACGGACAUUCCCACAAUCAUGCCAGAUGUCGAGAGGCUGGGCUCUCAGCUGGACGGCCUCGAGGAUGCGCUUGAGCCUUUGCUGGGCAAUCUCAGCGAGAUGUCCUCCCAGCUGCCCUUGUUGGACCGGGCCAAGCUGUUUUCCAUGGCGGCGUAUGCCAUUGAGUCUCUUCUUUUCUCAUCUUUGAAGAUCCAAGGGGUCGAUGCGCAAAACCACGCAGUCUUUGCCGAACUCAAGAGAAUCCAGCAGUACUUUGCAAAGAUCAAGGCCGCAGAGGAGCCUGCCGGCCAGCGCAAGCUCGUUGUCAACCAGGAGGCUGCCACGCGCAUGUUGAAGGCGGAUCUGAGCGACAACAAGCCGUUGAGCGCCAAGCUGGCUGAAAAGAUUGCCGAAGAGCGCGCAAGAGCGCUGCUCAAGGCCGCGGAGAGCAAGAAGCGUGGCGCAGAAGACGCGUCUCAGCCUGCCGCCGGCUCAGGUCCAGACGGCGCCUCUUCAGCGGGCCAGAACAAGAACAAGAAGCCCAAGACAAAGGGCAAGCCCAAGAGCACCAAGAGCAAGAAGUGA